UUGGUACGCGAAAAUAAAACAUCAAGAGUCCGUUAUGAAGUAGAUGAUAUAGCUCUAGCACAUGGACAUCGGGUACUUCGGAUUCCGCCUUAUCACUGCCAGUACAAUGCCAUUGAGCUAAUAUGGGCACAAAUCAAAGGUUACGCAGCUCGUAAUAAUACGACUCCGCCAUUCAGUACUAAUAAAAUGAUGGGUCUAUUAAAAGUUGCUUGCAGCAAAAUAACGAAAGAAGAUUGGGUCAAGGUCGUCGAAAAGACUCGAAAACUAAUAACAGAAGAUUAUGAACGCGAUAUAAGAGUGGACACCAUUAUAGAGAAUGAAAUUGUCAUACAAGUGACUGAUAGCGAUGACAGCUCUGGCGAAUCUGGUUCAGAGUCUGAAUAA